ACCAAAGUCAGAAUUGUGAGCAAGGGACUAGGAAAUGGGGUGGGCGCACGCGGCAGUGGCCAUGGAGGAGGUGCUCGGCCUGGUGCGGGGUUUCGUCGACGUCCUCGUCCUCGCCGGCGGCCGCACCUCGUCCGGCGCCGGCGCCACUUGGAGCUCCGAGGAGGUUAAGAAGGCCCUCCGGUGGGCUCUCUUCUUCGAGGAGGUUUUCAAGGACCUGCGUGAAUCAGGCCAUUACGAGGAUUCUGCUGGAGAACUCGAUGCAGCCCUCGCCGAACUCACUUCAAGUUCGGAGUUUCCGAAGGGUCUUGCUGGUAUGCGGUCGGAAACCCUUUCCACAGCAAGGGUAUUGGUUAUCCGACAUUUUCUGAAAGCAAGAGAAAUGUGUGUGGAAAACCUCGGUGCUCUUCUUGAAGCAGUUGUUGAGAUGGAUAUUGAUGUCAUUUGUGCUAGUGGUGUGCGCAAUGCAUGCCAAGAGUAUGCUGAGUCAAUAUUGGAUAUGAAUUCUUCAUGCUUUAUACAGACCAGGAAUGCUCGUGACAUUGGGCUUCCUGCUAGUUCUGAUGAACUGUAUGCAGAAUCCAUGGGCCAUUCACGGAUUCUAGUUAAAGAAUUCUUGGAAGGGCUGGAUUUGGCAUCAUGUUCUUGUUUGUCUGAGAGAGGACUAGGAACACUUCUGAACAGUGUCAAAAAGAACAGCUUUGGUGAUGCAAGUAAUGAGCCGUGCACCCCAGCAAUACCAAAAACAUCGCGAAUGAUUGACGAGUUUCUCAUACGGAAGCAAUGGAGAGCAAAGUGCUUGUCAUAUCUGCUCGAUGAGAGAACCAUUCGGAUUUUGUCUGGAGCUAGUUUGAUUUUUAAAGCUCCCAAGGAGCAGUGGAUGAAAGUGUUUGAGCCCUUAAAAAGUUUUGAAGAAUCUUGUCAAAGUCUUGUCGAAAUCAUGGAGAUAUGCUUUCUGGGUUUGAUUUCAAGGCAAUGGAAUACAAUGAUAGAGGGCUUCAUGUCACACACUUUCUGUUUAGUUCCUAUAUCCAAGCAGCAUGCUGAUCUGCACCAGUUGCUUCAGGGAACUUCUCAGGACAAAUGCCAAGACAAACUUCUUGACUUGGAGGAAAAGGAUAUUCUUGAGUAUGCAAGUCAGUCACUACGCAGUAAACCAUCCAUAUUAUGGCUUCUACCUCCAGUUCUUACCGCCGCAGCAAUACCACCACGGUCAACCAUGUUCCAGAUAUACCUUGCUCAAAUAGGUAAACAAUUUCAUGAAGCUGCUCCUUCAGAUCGAAAGUGUUGCUGCAGAGGGGAUGGAAUAGAGCAGCAUCAUAACUGUGAGAUUACUGAGAGGAUUCGAUGUCUCUACGCAUUCCAUAUUCAACAAUCUCAUCUAACUGUGGCAUAGUGAGUUAGUGAAAGUAGGUAUAGUUCAAGAUUAUGCUGAAUGUUAGCAAUGUGCAUGGCAAAUCUGAUGGUUCACUUUUAAAUGAGUGCCUGAUUUCCAAGCUCACUGCAAAUAGUAUUUCACAUCUAUGGCCGUGAUUGGCUGAACAGCAGAAAAUCAACUGGUUUUGCCUUUCUUCUUGAUGGAACAGUUGAACUGAAAGAGAUACCUUGCAUAUAUGUAGAUUUGGGGAUUGAAGGGGUUCUCGCUCCUCUUUUCCUUCUUCAAGAUGAUGAGUAAUGACAGAUGCGACUAGAUUCAUCCCAUGUUGACUCAUGUGAUUUGCUUAUAUCUUGUUCAUUCUUCUCUUCUUUUAUGCUUGCUGAACAUGAAACACAAGUUUUUUUAGGGUGAAGCGUCAUAUAUUGGAGAUGACUCGUAAUAUUUUUUUUAAUAGAAUUUGUCUUGUUAUUUAAUUUUCAGUCCAAUCUCAUAAUCUGUCUGCCAACAUCGUUUCACAUCAGCCUAGUUAAUUUCACCUCUGUUAAAGUUUCUAAGUUUUCAUCUGUAAACCAAUUAAUGCCCAGUUGACUUCUUUCUCAAUUAUUUCCCCCUAUAAUGCUUCUAGAUUCUACCUACACCAGAUCAGAAUUCCUAAUGUAAUUAAUGAGGUCCCUAAGACCUUUCAGUUUUAUAUUUCUGCUGCUCCUUCGUUUGAAAUGAUGAAAAGAUGCAUGAUGAUGGAUAAAGGCAAAAGAGAACUUAAUUUAUAAAGGGAUGUUGUCAGGCUAGCUUUCCAAUGGAGGCUUGGUACAUGCCAAAUUGGAUUUGUCAACUCCAAAGCAUAUAGCUGCCCAAAAAGAACUCCUAUUGCAAACUCAUUGUUGGAAUUUAUUAUAGACGUUGCUUCAUCCACAUAGUUAGCUCAUCAGACAGAAGAUUUGGCGAGGCAGAUGUUGGAAAUUUGUUAUAACUGGCUUUAUUAAUAUAAACAGUUGGGUCUUGAUAUGUCUGAAGACAGGUUCCUUCACUGUACUAGCAACAACCUAGUUUAUACUAUAUCUUGAGGAAUGUAAAACUUUUAAAAAUUGAAGGAAUACAUGUUGCUCGUGGGAGAAAGUUGGGUGUGAAAUAGCUGGUUGGUUUUUGAUAAUUAUCAAUUUAUCAUUUUCUAAAUUAAGUGAAUAUGUUGUUCAAGUUGCUGCAAUAUGGGAUGGCUGUGGACUAUUAGUUUAGUGACCAUAUAAAACAAGGGUACAUGUAGCAGUUCCAGAACCAUGGUCCCCGCCCUAGACCUCUAAAAGGAAAAACAAUUCAUGAUUCUUGAUGAUGGCAAUCUAAAGUUUUGCAACACCUCUUCAUCGAUUCCAUUACUUGAAGAAACAAGUAAGCAGUAACCCAGGUGCCAAUUCCAGCUUACUCUUCUUGCAGAUUUCAUGUCUGAUUUCUCUCUUCUGAUCUCUUUCUUUGAUGUUAUAUUUCCUUGUAUUCUUCAUGGCAUUUACAUAUAUUUUAAGAAACUGCUUUAAUAGGUGGAUCUUGUUCUAAUAAGUUGUUCGACGUAUCUUUUCCUUUUGUCUUUAUUGUUAAGGAGUGGUUUAACUCCACAGUUCAUAUCAGAUGUUGAUAGGAAUUGGAUCCCUACCAAGGCGUGGGCGCAUGUUGUAGGCGUGGGAAGGAGGAGGACGGAGGAUGAUGCGCGCCCGACGGCUUCUGGGCGCCGUGGUCGCGCAAGGGGGAGGAGGCAGGUGGCGGCUAGGGUUUGGGGGUCUCCCGGCUCCCUGAGGGAAGCCGAGCGAUAUGAUUGCUCUUGCUUAAUCCAAACAAAGUAUGUUACAGUGUUUAUAAAGAAACGAGGUAAAUAACUGGGCCAAGCCCAUCUAAUCUCCUGCGCCUAGCCACUAAUGGGCCUCCUCCUGGUGUACUGGACACCGGUCAUAACAGAUGUGUUCCUCAAUCCUUUGCAGUUUGUUCUCUCUUACAUCAUGAUUACAAUCUUUAGCUUUCCUGCAGUCACUAGAAGUAAUUUUUUUUUCUCUCCAAUGAUUUUCUUCACAAGAUUGAUGCAAUACAUCUCUGCAAUUGGCGAAUGAUAUGACUGAAGCUUCACUUCAACAGAUUCAACUGAUGGGUACUGCAUGCAGCCAUACAUCAACCAUGAAUAGGCUUUACAAUGGAACAGUUCCUCCAUGUCUUUCAUCAGCUAUAAUAGUAGCGCAAGCACUCUCAGAGGUGUCAUUUCCUAGUUUUCCAGAGCAGAGAUCAUCUUAUGGUGAAAGCGAACUGCCUAUUAGUCCUGUCACCUCAUUUGGUAAUUCUAUGGCUGCACAGGACGCCAUGUCAACAUGUAUAUUAGCUUCCAACUUCACCUCAGGCCUUCAUGCCAACAAUAAAUCAUCAGAUGGGAAGCUUUGUUCUGGACCAUAUGUUACUGAGCCAUCUGAUCCUGAUACUCGAUUGUCGUCAACACAUUCAUCACUCCUGCAUAUUUCAAGGCCUUUAAUGAUGGAUUUUCCAGAAGUAUCUGAACAGAUAAGUUCGAAUCAAGAACAACUCCAAGGUUUAUUUGAUUAUGUAGCAAGUGCUGAUUUUCCCAAUCCACAAAACGUGACUGCCUUUGGCCAACAAGUUCAAGCCACCAUGACAAUCAAUCCUAUCACUAAUGUUGCACUGCAAAAUGAGUGGUUUUCAUCUAGGAGUUCCAUGCAGCAUCACAAAAAUACAGUUGAUGCCAUAAGUGCAACACGAGCCGCACCUAAAAGUUAUCCAUACUGCUGUACUCAGAGAAGUACACCAAAUCCUGUCCACUGAUGAAAUUUGCUCUGACAACCUGCCUUCUUCAAAUACUGCUCCAAAGUGAAGGAUACGCUGGACACCUGAGCUCCACGAGCGGUUUGUUGAUGCUAUUAACAAGCUGGGUGGGAGCGAAAAAGCAACUCCAAAAGCAGUCCAGAAGGUUAUGAAGGUCGAAGGAUUAACUAUAUACCAUGUAAAAAGUCAUCUGCAGAAGUACCGUACAGUGCAACGUCAACCUGAAUCAUCCAAUGCAGGUGUGCCUGGACGGAGAAGCAGCCAAAUGGAUGAAGCAUCCACUCUGCAGUUAAAAGGCACAGGGAAUGUUGAAGGAUUGAUGGCGCAGAUUAGCUUGCAGAAACAACUUCACGAACAACUUGAGAUCCAAAGAAAGCUGCAGUUGCAAGUAGAGGGACACAGCAAGUACCUUGAAGUGAUAAUUGCAAAGCAAAGUGAGAGCCUUAAAAAGCUUGGAGCGUUUCCAGGGUUUCAAGAUCGAUUCCUUCAGGUUUUGGAUGACAACAAAGAACGUGAAGAAUGGACAGUAUGCACACAUUCAGCGGAACACAGAUAAAAUUAUUCGCAGCUCACAGGCUGCAGAUAUCAUUGUUGCGGGAAAGGGAGAAUCAGAGCCUAGAGUAUGUACGAGUCAUCAUUUUAACUAGUUGCUUUCUUGCUGGAGUAUGUAUGAGUUGCCUUCGGGACACAGAUUUUCACGUUGCUGGAGUAUAUGGUUCACCCCUUUAACAAUUAUUAUGGUUGUGCUGUAGACAGUGUGAGAGCAAGUUAUGGUUCA